UCCGGUUGUAGUUUAUCGGAACAACACCCCCCUCUUCACAUAAGAUGUCUACACAGAAACAAAGACCUAAAAAUGUCUCCUCUCUGCUGUUGAGAGAUGAUGAAAACGAUGUAUUGUUCUCCAUGCUAGGGCGAGGCUGUUUGACCCUGGCCACUGGGGUUGUACAACUGUACUUAGCGGAACCUCCCACGAGACAGAGAUGGAGUAAAAGAGUGACUGGGGUUGCUUGUUUUAUCAAGGACAACCCAAAGAGGUCCUACUUCAUCCGAGUGUACGACAUAAAGCAACGACAGUGCGUGUGGGAACAGGAAAUUUACAACCAGUUCCGUUACAAGUCUCCUCGUGACUACUUCCAUACGUUUGAAGCUGAGAAUUCACAAGCAGGGUUGAAUUUCGCCAGUGAGGAUGAAGCUAACAAGUUCAAGAGCAACGUGGAGCAGAAGCUACUGGAGCGUCACAGGAGGAGAAUCGAAAAGAAAAGUAAUCGUGUACAGAACACAAAUGCUGCCAACACACAGAUGAGAACAACCCAAGUCCAGAUCACACCAGGACCUGCCCCAGUAGCCCAACCAAUCAGUGUCAGCCUCUCUUCUGGAACAAGUACGGUGAAAGAAACGAAAAAGAACAAGAAAGACAAGAAAAAGAAACUGACGAAAGAGGAUAUCGGGACUCCGUCUAACUUCCGCCAUGUGAACCACGUUGGAUGGGAUCCAGAGAGAGGGUUUGAGAUGGAUAAGCUGGAUGAGGACAUGAAGUAUUUGUUUAAAUCCGUGGGUAUAAGUGACAAUGAUCAGGUGGAUAAGGAGACCCUCGACUUCAUUUACGACUUUGUGGAGAAAAAUGGUGGGAUUGAGCAAGUGAAGAAGGAGAUGAAUCGUCCUCCCCCACCCCCUCCUCCCUCAGCACAGCCCCCAGCCCCGCCCACCAGUCGAGCGGCUCCUGCCCCUCCUCCCUCGGUGGGAAGAGCUCCUCCUCCACCGAUGAGACAACAAGCUCCGCCUUCCAGGCCAGCCAAGAGUAACACUGGACCCCCACCCCCACCUCCUCAGAGGGAGAGACAACUACCACCAACACCUGGAGGAUAUGGUGCCCCACCUCCCCCACCAGUUAAAUCACCUACUAGCCCUCCUCCACCCCCUGUAGGUGUACCUAAUGCACCGCCCCCACCCCCUGCUCCUGCACCACCACCUCCUCCCCCUGCCCCCGGGGCUCCUCCUCCACCCCCGAUUGGAGGAGGGGCAGGCAGAGGAGCGCUGUUGGAUUCCAUUAGGGAUGGAACAACUUUGAAGAAGACCACGCCCAAUGAGGGUGGGAGUGGAGGUGGAGGUGGAGGUGAUCUCCGGGGUAAUCUGCUGAAUGCUAUCAAGCAGGGAGCCAGCUUGAAGCACGUGGAACAGCAGGCAGAGUCUCGCCCUGUGAUGGAGGAACAAGGAGGAAUUGUGGGAGCCCUCGCUAAAGCUCUGGCCAGUCGCAGCGCCCAUAUUCAAGGGUCUGAUGGUGACUCAGACGAUUCAGAAAUUGAAGAUGAUGACGAUGAAUGGGACGACUAAACUGAUGAUCGAUGGAGCCUACUUCAACAAUACGAAGACGAUGUUUAUCCCUCUUUAUCCCACUUAAACUUUAUAUUAAUAAGCGGUGUGGAUCUUUAUCUAUGUAUCUUUCUGUUACUUGUUGGGACUCUCACAUACCAUGCAGUUAUUUGCAUAAAACAUGUACCUGUAUUAUUGUAAUUUUAAUAUAUCAGAUAACUUACUAUUGAGGCUUAUGACAUUUAUAUGAUUAAAGUUGCUCUAAGUAUAUAAGUCUUGCGUGUGUCUUUAACAAUUGUUCACUCAUUUAAAAUUUCCAAAACUUAAAAAAUCAUACAUUUCGGGGACAAACAAUAAGAUUCCUGUCCCCUCCACCUCUACGAACUAUUUCUGUGGAAUUUUAUGUCCAAUCAUUACUCCCAAUUCUUGGAAUUUGAAUAAAUAUGCCAUCUCAUUAGGGUUUUUACAUAUUUUUUUUUCAUUUUGCUUCUCGACCUGUAAUCCAACUUUUCUGUAAAUGAUUGGUAACCUUGGACAAGGCAGUAUGGUUGCUGAAUAUCUGUUUUGAAUAAAAUCAUUCUCUUGUACUGAUCAAGGGUAGGAAGGACCCAGAUCACAUGACUGAUAUAUAUUGAUUAUAUAUUCACAAAACAUUUUUGUCAAUAUUUGAAUGAGUGUUUUAAUCUAAGGUAUAUGUACAUUGAAUUGAGAAAUCGGUUAAUCUGGAAAUGUGUAUUAUGUUGUAUAUAUAUACUAGUAUAUGAUGUGAAUUUAUGAAAUACGCCUGAUGUUUGGUAAUCGUCAAUAAAGCAUUUGAAUUUUAA